UCUCGGCCAAUCGCUUAACACUUCAUUGGAUAGUCGGACACAUUUUCUUGCAUUGGACUGACAGUGUGUUCAAGGUUUUUCUCUGUUCUGGAAGGACAAAACACAGCGGCACCAUGGGUGUGUUAUCCACUCUAAUGAGGGGUCUGGUAAGAGGAGCGGACAGGAUGUCUGAGUUCACCAGCAAGCGUGGAUCUAGGACUCAUAAUAAAGGCAGGGGCUCGAGGCCCACCGGACUGAGGCUCUCCAGCAGAAAGUUCAUAUCCAUAAGAGCCAUGAUUCCUGAGUUUGUGGUGCCUCAUUUGGAGGGAUUCAAACUCAAACCGUAUGUCUCGUAUCGCUCUCCCAGAGGAACAGAACCUCCACUCACAGCGCAAAGUGUGUUUGCUGAAGUGGUGGCGCCGCAGAUCAAGAAAGACUUUGAAGAUGGCACUUUCAGCAAAGAGCAGCUGCAGAAAUACGGAUUUGAGCCCACACAGGAGGGGAAGCUCUUCAAGCUGUAUCCCAAGAACUAUGUGCGUUAAAGAUGCACUCAGAGUCAUUUAUUUACUAGGAAAGAAACAGACUGCUGAUUAAACACCUGCAGACCAACUGGCAUGAAACUUCCAGGAGACUCAUCACACAAGGGACUGUAUUUUAUGUUUAGAAAAUCAAUUUCCUACCAGCGGUUGACUUUUAUGUUACCAAAUAAAGGAGACAUGAUCCAUGUG